AUGUCUGAGGAGCAGACCCCCCAGGCAUCUGAAGCAGAAUGCAGCGCAAUGGAGUUCACAGAAUUUGAAGAUGAAGAACGCUGGUUUUUCGAAGUGUUGGGAAUGAAGCCGAGGCCUCCCUCUGCACUGGAUGAUGACACUGAGAAGAAGGAGGAGGAGGAACCCCUGGGCCAUGCCAAGUCAUCCCUUCGCCUGCAGGAUAUUCUUCAAGAGAACAAGAUCAGCAGUACCAAUGAUAGUGACACCUGCCAAGCUGGAUGUACUGAAGAUGAUGAUGAAGCCAGCCACAGUGACAGCGAUGCUGACGAUAACGUGCAAGUUAUCAUUGGCGACAUAAAAACAAAUCCCUCCAUGUAUAUGGAGAUGCUCACUAAUCUGAAAUCGAAAUCAAAGCAAGACGUGGAAAAAACUGCACCAGGAGCCAGAGUCCCUGAUUAUAAUCAUAAAGGUAACCCGCAGCAGAGGGUAGGAGCUAAGGAAGAGCUGAGCAGAACCUUACCCUCCAACCCGCACCCAGUCCUGCUCCUGGGAUGCCACCUCUUAGGCUCUGGCUUUGCAGAGCAACUGAGUUCUGAGUACACACACUAG